AUGGGAUGGGAAUCUGAAGCACCUCUGCAGCCCUGCCUGACCCGGGCCUGCCCUCCUGCCUUCGCAGUGAGCAGUGGCUCCGUCACCGUCAACGCCGACUCCACCGUGCAGGUGCUGGCAGAGGAGGCAGUGACCAUGGACAUGUUGGAUCUGGCUACUGCGAAGUCGAACCUGGAGAAGGCUGUUUCAGAGAUGGCUGCAGCGUCUGAUGAGGCAGCCAAAGCAGAGGCUCAGAUUAAAGUAGAAGCUAAUGAAGCCCUUGUGAAAGCCCUGGAGUGAUCCAGGAGUCCCACCGCUGGUGCAGGGAAGGCCUGGGGUGUCCUGCGUGUCCUGCUUCCC